AAAAUUUAAGCUAUUUAUUUUCAAGUGAAUUUUCAUCGAUUUUUGCUCGCUUGGCGAAAAGAUUUCUAAUUGAAUUACCUAAUCGCUUUUGAGUGCUUCGAUUGUCUGUCUGAGUGUUUGUGAGUGCGUGGUGAAUACACACACACGCACACACACACACACGCGUGCUAUUGCACUGCUGCUGUAUACUCUAUAAAAAGUCGGCGCAUUACGCAAGCGAACGCGAAUGGCUGCAGACGACGCGCUCACCGGCAUUGGCGAGCUGCUCUUCUCGCUGCUAAUUGGCUACCUGGGCGCCUUGGAGUUUGCGUUUGUGGCUCGCCAUCUGUAUCACUGGAGCUGCCAGCAUCCUAGCAGCCACAACGCGGGCAUCGAUGCGGCUGCCGAUGCCGAGGAGCUGCCGCGUCUGCGCGAGCGCCUGGACAAGGAGAUAGCAGAGGCGGCCGCAAGGGAAGCGGCAGCAGGCAGCAAUGUCAUGCAGGAUGGUGUGCUCUAUAGCAAUGGAUUCCGGGUCGAGUCGGAGGCGGAGAAGCGCGCGGCGCUGGCUGCGGAGCUCGAGCGGCAGCGACGCAUCGAGGAGGAGACGCGCAAACAGCUGGCGGAGGCGGAGCACAGGUUGCAGGAGGAUCGCAAACGAGCUGAAGAGCAACGAUUGGCGGCCGAGGCGAACGAGAGCGCACGAAGGCUAAUCGAGGCGGAAAAAGAACGCGAAGCAGCUGAAAGAAAGCGCGAAGAGCAAGAGCAACUCGAACGCGAACGCGAACGCAAAUUGAUUGAGGCCGAAAAGCAGCGCGAGGAGAAUGAAAGAAAACUGCUAGAAGCCGAACGAGAAAGAGAGGAAAAUGAAAGAAAAUUGCUAGCAGCUGAAAAUGAAAGAAUGUUGCAAGAAGCCGAACGCGAAAGAGAGGAAAAUGAAAGAAAAUUGCAAGAAAUCGAACGCGAGUACCAAGAAAAUGAAAGAAAAUUUCUGCAGGCUGAAUUGGAAAGAGAAGAAAAGCAAAGAAAAGCAGAUGCAGAGCAGUACGAACUGGAGGAAAAUGAAAGAAAACUGCACAAAGCCGAAGCGGAGCGACUCGCUGCUCAGCGUCUGAUCGAGGAGGAAGCGGCUGCAGCAGAGAUCGAGCGCCAGCUGCUCGACUUGGAUGAUCGGGAGCAGGAGCAGAGAGAUGCGGAAAUUGUGCAGCGUCUGUUGGCAGCUGAGCGCGAGCGCAAGCUGAGCGCCACGGAGAGCGAGCUGGAGGAGGAGGCCUUAAUACUGGAUCAGUCCCGACGAGUGGCAGCUAGCAAAUUGGAUUUGGAAAAGAAACAAAAGUCAAUUGAAGAGAACGCGCGACUCUUCAUGGAGGCGGAGGAGGAGAUGGUGAUGCUGCAGCAGCGCAUGCUGCAGGCGGCUCAGCAGCAGGAGGAUGAACAAUAUGCCGGCAUGGUGCCUGUUGUUGAGGAGCCCUGCGUCAAGAAGAUAUUGCCGCCCAGAUUCGAGGAGCCGACGAUCGAGGAGCCGAUGAUCGUGCAGCGCGUGAAGACGCAGUUUGGCCAGAAAAGCGGAGGAGGAGCAGCGGAGGAGCCCUACACGCGCUCGAAGACCUUAAUGUUUCCGAGUGUCUCUGAUGAGGGCUCCUCCGUGGAGCCCAAUUCCAGCCAGCAAUCCUCGUUUAGCACACAGCCCUCCGAGGAGCGCAGAACAGAGGAGGAGCGCCAGGAGCCGGAGGGCGAGGACAAUGUGCCCGAUGUCCAAUACACCGAGGACUAUUUGCGUUCGCUGGACGGCAUCAAGAGUCGUUCGCUGAUACGAGAGGAUGGUUCGGGUCGUCGACGCGCGUUUAAGAAACGAAGAUCAAGUGGAAGCUCGAAUUCAUCGCGCGAGUCACGCGCCUCACGCGACGAAGAGGUGAAAAUGUUCACAUCGCUGGAGGAGGAGGAACUGCGCCACGGCGAUAAGGCGGACUACAAUCCCAUCAAGUAUACAGAGCCCAGCGUGCGCGUCAAAUCACAUCACAGACGGCACAAGCGCAGUCCUGUCAAGGAUGUGAAGCCAGCGUCCGAUGUGCCUGGCUCACUGGAAAUGCUCGGCGAGGAGAGCUCAAAUCCCUGGGGCGAAGUACAGCCGGAACACUAUAAGGACACCGAGUUUUGGAAGCGGGAGAAAGCCUUGUCCAUUGACGAGGAGGAGUUCGAUCUGGAGAAACGCGCCUCCGGCGAAGAGGUGCUGGACGACUCACAGAACUUGCCCAAAGCCUCGUCCUUUGAGCAUGCUACCGAGGAACAAAACGAGCUGGCGGCCACUGCGUUGAGCCAGCAGCGCUCCAAGGAGCAACUGGACAAGGACAAGGACAGCUCGGAGUCUACGAAAGCAACGGAAUCUGGCAGCAGCGACAUUAAAUCCAAUCUGCAGACCUCUUCAGCGACAGAGGAGCAGCCGAGGCGUGGUUCACCCGGCCUGCGUCGCAGUCCGCGCAUCGACGAAAUGGAUCACUACGAGGAGCGUUGGCGUGAAUCGGAGGCGGCUAGCCAGCUGCCCAGCAAGGCAACGCCAACAAUAGCCAUACAUCAGCCGGACACGGCUCCUUGGCGGGAUGAAUACGGCUUACUCAUGGAGGGCAUCAGCGAUUUCUACGACUUUCAAGCAUCCAGCAACCCCUCGAGAUCCAGGUCGGCCUCACGCAAUCCAUCGCCACAGCCCAAGAAUGUGGCCAAUCGCAUGGAUGUCGAUGAGGCACACACCCUGGAGGUCUACGACGACAGCCAAGCGGGCUUGCUGGCCGGUGAAUUGAAUUGCGAAUUAGUUCUACAGAUGCUGGAGGCGAACAUAAAUGAAAACCAGUCUCAAGGCGAGCAGUUGCAGCUCCAAAAUGUCGCCGACGAAGAGCCCCAGAAUGGGGGUAAUCCAGCUGUGCCCAUGGUCUUUGAAACGCAGCCUCAAACUGUCAACGAGCUCGAGCAGCACAUGCAGCAGAAGGCGCUGCAUAAUCGAGGAGAAAACUCUGCGGAAAUGGAAACCAAUGGCUACGGAGAGGCUCAUGCAAGUCACACCGGAUCGGACGCCGGACUACCCCAACCUAUUAUCGAGAUCAAUGACAUGGCCGAGGCGAGAGCAGACGACACUGAGCCUUUGCCCACGCGCGAGGAGAUGCGUUUGUUUGUCGAAAAUUUGCGUGCCGAGCGCAAUUCACGUGAACGUUCACAGUCACGCUCCCGCUCCCGUUCACGCUCGCCUCUGCCGACAGCUGAUAACAUAGAAAGAAGCUUGGAGACGCGACGACUGAAACGCAUCAAGCACAACGACGAGCUCUUCGAGCAGUUGAAGGACGCACACGCUUCAGACGUGGAUGUGCCCAUAGAUAUUCCAGUUAUUGCGCUCAGUCCACCUCCCUUGCCUACCAUCUCCAUUGAAGUUGUGGAAGAGCCAAAGGAAGCUCUGGAGGAGCCCGAGGAUACGCCGGAGUCGAUGGCCAAGCUAUUCGAGCAGCUGCGUCUCAAUCGCGUUCGUUCGCAUUCGCGUUCCCGCUCCCGUUCGCCCUUGCCAUCGGCCGCCAAUCUGGAGCACAGCUUGCAGCACAGAAGGGAGAAGCUCAUCGCUCAGAAUGACGCCUUCUUUGAGCGGCUGGAACAGCGAGCCAAGACACCAGAGCCGGACUUUCAUUCAAUUGAGCAGCGUCCAGGCAGCAGUCGGGAUAUGCGCUCUCUCUCGCCCUCACGCUCACGCUCCAAUUCGCCAAAAGGCGGGGAGCAUGAACCGGACUUCCAGCUGAUGCUCAACCUUGAAGGCGGCGAUCAGCGCAGCUUGCGACAGCACAGCGCAGAGCUGGAGAGUGUGCUGGCCAGCAUAGCCAAGCAGCGGGAGCUCGACUUGGAGGCCCUGCAUCAGUUAACCAAUGCCAGCGAAGAGGUCGAGCUGCGCGUUGGCACGCCCGACGAGUCAGACUGUGCCUACGACUACGAGCGCAGCAUCUCAGAUGUAGCGCGUGAUCUAAAGGAUGAGCUGAACAUCAGUGGCUUUAAGCGUUCCACCUACGUGGGCGAAUCUUUAGAUCUGGGCAGCGAGUACGAACAGCAGCGUCAGGAGACUGCGCGCUUUCAACGCUCUCGCACGCCCUCUCCCUCGCUGGAUCUGUCGGUGGCUCGCGAGCAGGCGGCAUCGCAGCGCGAGAUGCAGGAGGCCAUACUCAAUUCGCUGAUCAGCGCCAGUGGGUCAGAGGAUGAGAAGCGACUCGGGGCCAAGCCCAAGACGAAUGAGUACGAUCGCAGAGUCUCGGAGGAGCUAAAGGAGGAGCCACUAGCCGCAGGCAUAUCUGGACAGUUGGACGAUCUGCGUCAUCGCACGGCUGAUUUUCAGCGUUCCCGCAGUCAGAGUCGCUCGCCCGGGCGUGAUGUGGAGGAUGCGAAGGCGCUGCAGAACAUUGAUGCCGAGGCCGCCAAGCGGGAGCUACAGGAUCAGCUGCUGGAUCAGCUGGCAGCUUCCAGCGUUAACUUCCAGAACUUUUCGCGCUAUUUGAAUACAGAUUUCUUGGAUAGCGAAAGACGCGCCUCGGACUCGGCCAUUAUGCAGCUGGAUCCGUUUGCAGACCUAGAGCCGGAGGAGUAUCAUCAUUUCAGGCGCUACUCGCUGGCCCAGGAGCAGCCUGUCGAGGAGUAUCCCAGCGAUGAGUGUGUGUAUAUCUCACAAAUCGAAGUGCGUUCGCUGACGGGCAAGAGAACCUGGCUCAAAGAGGAUUUCUAUACACACGAUCUGGACAGCCUUGAGCUGCAGCUGGAAGAGGGCAGAAAACUAUUGCAAGAGUCGGACAAAGAGACGGAAUAUGCCACUGAGGAGCGCUCAUGGGCACGCGCCGUGCUGGCAGCCGAGGCGGAGGCAGCCGAGUUCGAUGAGACGAGCGCAGUUUACAAUUUUGAUAUAUGCGGAGAGUAUCCGGGCCACGAUGAUGCCUGCAGCAGCAAUGACAGCGACGACGAACGACAAACUGUAGUCGAAAUGGACGACGACGACGGUGACGACGAUGAUGAAUUCGAGUUUGAGUUGGACGAGGGCAUCUCGGAUAACAACGAGCGUACGCAGCCAACGGAUGAGUCCCAUCACGAUACAUCCGAGUGCGAGGAGGCGGAGCGCAAUGCGGACCGCUAUGCGAACCGGGAAGCCAACGACUGGGAGGAAGUGGACAAUGUGGAGGACUUUGCAGACUAUAGCCUAGACGACGGCGCUGUGGGUGGAGCCUAUUCCGACCCAGAUUCGUUUAUCGAGCAGAUUUACAAUGAUGCUGUAAAGAACCGGAAGCAGAGUGGGAUCCUAAGGGAUUACGAGACAAUGGUGCAGGAGCAGUUGCCUGCGGAUAAUGUGGACCAAAGCGAUUCGGAUAAGGAGAAAUCCAGCCCGGAUAGCGAGCGCUAUGCGCUGUGGGCCAAGACCAGAGAGCUAAGCAGAUCUGAAGAUGGCCAUAAGCACAGGGACAUCGACAUAUCCCUUGGCCUGCUUGAGGGCGAGCGUCGCGAUACGGAGAUGCGCUAUCUAGGCGAUGCUCAGGUGGCGGCACGGCAGUCGACACGUCUGCGCACCCGCUACGGCUACAGUCCCAAGCUACAAGGAGGCAUUGCGGAGGAUGAUAUCGAAGUGGAUCUGAACUACAAGCCGAAGAGGGAAUACAAUUGGCGCAAGAAUUUUAAGCUGGACGAUAAUGAGUCAGAAGGACCCAGCCAGGAGCUUCAGUCUGGCGAGGAGCUGUUGGAACAGGCACAGGAACAGUUGGAGAAGCAGGAACAAGAGGUGACUCUGGACGAGGAACAGCUACAGCAGCUAGAGCUGGAGCAGGAUCAGGAUCAGGAUCUAUUCGAGCCGCCACCAAGUGGUGAAUUGGAUCUACGUCGCAUUAGUCUAGGAGGCGAGAGCAUUACCCUUUUCAGUCGUAGUCCAGAGCGCGAGCUGUUGUCAGUUGUGCUGGAGGAAACGUUGCCAGAGCAGAAAAAUGGAGGCGACUCUAUCAAUGCCAUGGAAGCCGCAAAUGCUGAGCUACCGAUCAACGAAGAAUCCCUGGAGAAACCCAAAAAGAAGAAGAGCAAGAAGAAGACGCGCAAGGGCUCUAAAACAGAGGAGGAACUGCAAGACGACAACGACUCAGACACCAAUCAACAAAUCAAUCGACGUGCCUCGGCGAGCAGGGAAGAUGGGGAAAGCCUCACUGAAACAACUAAGCGCAAGGUGCGUUCGCGACGCAGCUCCAAGAGCAGCGCCACCAAUGAGGAGGCCAAUGGUGGGCUCUUCUCGCCGCGCAGCAGCAUUGGCUUUGUCGCCGAGGAAACACUGGAAGGCAUAGCGGAGCUGGAGCCAGCGGCAGAGACAACACAGAAAAAGAAGACAAAGAAACGCAAGAAGUCAAUCAAGGAGCAAGAGUCGAGCGAAGUCCCAGACCUGUCCAAUGGCCCAGACAUUGAUGCAGCCUUGGCCGAGGCUUUGGCCAAGAUUGCGCCCAUCACAGUUUCGGCCUCUGCGAAUCUAACGCCAGCUUCGACCCAGCAGAAUCUCUUGUCCAGCCUAAGUGCCGGGCACAGCUUGUGCCUGACUCCCGCCUCGUCCUUCGAGGAGCCGCCGAGCUCCGAUUUGGUUACUAACAAUGCAGCAACAGCAACUACGCCCGCUCGCUCUGUUGUUGACACCUUUGACCUGCUCAAAGAUGCCAACUUCUAUCCGCUCUUCUAGGCAACGAAUAUUAUAUACACUUACAUUUGAUUUCAAUCUUUAUCUGUUUCUUAUAGACAUGUUCAUAAGCCCCACAUCCACAUCGCGCACGCUGCAUAAAAAUCAAUCCAAAACAAUCAAACUGUUAUGCACCCAGUUGCAGUUGCAGUUGCAGUUCCGGUAACAGUUCCAGUUCCGCUAGACUGAGGGAUCUUUCACUGUAUUAUACUAACGACCAGACCCAGAAUCGCACGAACGAUCUAUAAAUCGAAUUGAGAGCAGGAUUAUUGUUAUUAUUAUUUAUU